AUGUCUACUUCGACUCCACCAGCAAUUGUCUUUACUGAUUUUGACGGUACUGUCACAUUGCAAGAUUCCAAUGACUACUUAACUGACACUCUCGGAAUGGGUGAAGCCAGAAGAAGUGCUAUUGGACAAGAUAUCCUCGACGGCAAGACCAACUUCCGUGAUGGAUUCAAAGAGGAGAUAGAUUCAGUCAAGACCCCAUUUAACGAAUGUCUUUCCAUCUUGUUAGCCAACAUUAAAUUGGAUCCUGGAUUCAAGGAUUUCUACAAUUACUGUAACGCCCACGGUAUCAGAAUCAUUGUCGUUAGUUCCGGUAUGAAACCUUUAAUCUCGGCAUUGUUGCAACAAUUGGUUGGAGCUGAAGCCUUGAGCCAUAUCGAAAUUAUGUCCAACGACGUGCGUAUUGAUGAUAAUGGAGCCAACUGGGAACUUUUGUUCAAACACCCUGAUUCUCCAUUUGGCCACGAUAAGGCACAAUCUAUUAAAGAGUGGUUGAACAACCAUGGAUUUGACACUGCUGAAGUUAAAGAUGAUGGAUCAACUCAGCCAAAAUUGUUUUAUUGCGGUGAUGGAGUUUCCGAUUUGAGUGCGGCUAAGGAAACCAAUUUGUUGUUUGCUAAACAUGGUAAGGAUUUGAUUACUUAUUGUGUUAGAGAGAAGAUCCCAUACACUGAGUUUAACGAUUUCCAGGAUAUCUUGAGCAAAGUGAGGAAGAUUAUUGAUGAUGGUGAACCAAUUAAAUCGUUUGUAGAGAACCCAUAG